UACCGUACCGGGUAACACGUAAGUACGUACAUCUUCACGUACGUACGUCCACGUACACGGGAUCUUCUUUUCUCGAGUUGAAGGCAGGAAGGAAUUGCAGGCUCGCAUAUUGAGCCAGAAAUUUUACCUUUGGGAAAGUUUCCAGAAAGAAAGGAGUAGGAGAGCCUGUAAACAUGGCGAAACAGAUGCAAACCACGGCCGCCAUGGCCGUUGUCAAGCUGCUGCUGACGAUAUUUAACUUGAUUUUCUGGUUGGUUGGUAUUGCCCUACUAGCUGUGGGUAUCUGGGGCAUCUUCGAGCUCAAAUACUACCUGGAGCUGUCCGACACAGACUAUUCCAACGUGGAGUACGUCCUGAUUGGAACGGGCAGCUUUAUGAUUGCAGCUGGCAUCAUCGGCUGCUGUGCUACUGUCAAGAAUAUUGCCUGGCUCCUACAACUUUAUGGAGUAAUGGUCUUCGUCAUCUUCGUUGCACUACUAGCAGCAGGAAUCUCUGGCUUUGUUUACCGGAACCCUUUGGAAGAAGGAUUUAAGAAGGGUUUGAACAGCAAGCUGAAGACUUACGAAGGACGAAAGGAUCCGCCUGAUUCUUACAUCGACAAACUCCAGGAAAAUCUGUUUUGCUGUGGCUCCAAAAACUUCACCGACUGGCUUCAACCGGACAUUAGUUGGUCCAAGACCCACCCAGAUCUUGACGAGGUACCAGCCAGCUGCUGUAACUCAACGGUGGAUGCAGAGAUGUGCGACUCGGCCGAGGGAGACAUACCAGUCAGGACGGAUAAUGGAACACUUCUGGCUUAUAGCGAGGGUUGCUACGAGAAAGUGACAGGUUUCCUUGACAACAAGAUGGCAAUUAUUGGCGGCAGUGCACUGGGAUUUGCUUUCUUUCAGCUCAUUGGCAUCGUUCUUGCAUUUGGACUGGCCAAGCUCAUCAACACCAACAAGUACGAGAUGAUGUGAGGAGUUAACAGCGCCCUCUAUGAAUGAACAGCACCCCCUGUUGAUGUCCAUUGCUCAUUUUAAUUUGCACAUUUUUUGGGUGGCUUGUCAUCUCGAUAUUUAUUGCUCAUUGGGCAAAUUAGUAUUCAAAGCUUUGAAUGCAGAGUUUAUCUGCACAAAAAGAUUUAUUGAAUUGUAAAAUUUGUUUCACAGCUACAUUGGGUUUAAUAUUCAGGGUGAAAAGUUUAACAUACAUAGUACUUUCGUUGAUGGUCAAAAGUACAACAUUGUUAAAAAAGCUGCUAAAAUUAUUAUGCUUAAAGGAGCGAAACUGUCUCAAACUCUGUAGAGAUUUGAAUUGAAAUUCUGCAGCGUUGUCAAAAGUGACUGCUGUCACAACUGAGCUGCUUGUUUUUGUUUUUUUAUAUAAAAAGCUUGAGCAAAAAUAUAUUGAGAGCUCACAAAAAUUAGACUUCACCAAAACCAAUGAGUAGGACAUUUCGCACAAGCAAAAAGAAAACUAUCGCAUCCAUGCUGUCAACUGUAAGUUUAAAAAUACGGUGUAGAGAUAGAGCAGUCGAAAGAAUUAGUAUAGAAAUAUAAGAAAGCAUGUGGAAAAAUGCAUAUUGGAUCACAUAAAAAUAUGUGGUCAACAACAUCACUCGAUACCUUGUAAUUUUGCCUUUUUUAGUGUCCCUUCGAAGUGCUUUGUGUCUGUUACUGUGUGGAUCAGUGUGUGUCACUAGAUCUGUCUGUUUGUGUCACUAGAUCUGUCUGUGUGUAAGCCCCACUGUCGACAUUUGCCAAUAAUAUUUCCAACUCUGUGGUACCUUUUAGUGUUAAUAUUUUUGCCUUAAAAAGUUCUCCUUCAUAUAAAGUUCUCCUUCAUUAUCUUUUUUCCCGACUUUCUUCUCUACAACUUCUUCUUCAACGAAAUAGAGCGAGCUGAUGUAUAGAUGAACUAAACCUUACUAAAUAGUUUUUAUUUUCUACAGAAUAUAGUCAACACCAGGGUCACUUUUAGUUAGAUUCUUUUUACCAUCUUUCAUGGCCUUUAUCUUUGCCUUUAAAACAAUGCAUUUUAAAAUUUUACUCCAUAUAUUUUCAAGAGGCUGUUUAUUAAGUUUUGUUCAUUUGCAAAAGUGUAUGAAAGGAGCCACAAAAAUCCGGCCCUUCACAAUUUUAAGUUCCUAAUGGAGGUUAUAUUUUGGGUUUUGAUUACAGGGUAGCAACAACUUGUAAAUGCCCGAUAAUUAAAGAGAAAGAAAAACUAUUUUUAAUGUUCAAAAGAAAAACCAUCAAAUUUGGUGCUUGAUGUGCAUAGUGGUACUUAAACUCUUUUUUUUUUUAAUUUUGUAUUUUGUUAAACAUUUAAUCACUCAUAAACAGCAUUCAUCAACUCGAUGCAACUCAUUUUUUUGUUUAAAAAUAAAUUUAAUCCUGAUUUUAAUUUUACCUGAUUUAACUUGAAACUCUUGUCUAUCAUUGUAUAAAAUUCUCGGUAAAAUGGCCUAAAAUUACGUCUAAACCAAGAAAACUCACUGAUGUAUGUAAAAAAAAAAAAAAGUUUUGUAUUUUAAGUAAAGUUUAUUUUUGCAUGCGUAGUGUUCUGUAUUAUGCACUUAUACGUGUACAGUUUAGUGUUUAGAUUCUCUAUUAAGACUUUCCCCCUGACAUUUUCUGUAAUUUGCCUUAUUAUCUAUUAAUUUUAAGCUACUUAAAAUAUUUUAGUUAAUAAAUAUGUGGUGUCUUAAUAAGCUUUGAGAAAAUGCAUAGCCUGAAAAGUGUAUGUGUAGUUAGAAAAAAGCUGAUCUUUCCUCAACCAGUAGUCAUAUUCUUGGAAUUUAAAAUUUAAUGAGAAAUAAUGAGUUUCAAUUACAGUGAGAAGUUGUUAUGUUCAGUUCUACAGUGAUGUUCGUUAUUAACUGCAAAAAGGUUUACAAAGCCAUGUUUAGUUUGGAAGAACACAAAAAAAUGUUCUGUCAUAUAUCCAUAGUCAUAUCAGAAGAAAUGCACAAAAGUUGGUCAUUUAACAAUAAUUUCAAUUUCUACCUUGACUCAGACGAGGAGAAAAUCUGUUUCCAAGAAUUUUUUAAAUUUUUUUUCGGUUUGGCUUUUCACGUUUUAUCAUAAAACUGAUUUGCUGCCACAAAAUGAAAUUCUGUGAUUUGCAUAUCAUUGAAUAGAGCUUCAACAAAUCUUUACCAUAUUGUUGGUGAAACUGCAUUGUUGUCUUUGAAAUUGCAGAAGAAUUUGGCAAUUUUUAGAAUCAGGUCACACAGCAGGUAAAGAGAGUGGAGGCCGAAAAGAAAUACAUGACUUUUCCUUAUGAAUUUUUGUGCAUGUUAAUUAAUUGGUGUCUUGUAAAACUUGUAAUUAAUCAUUGUGAAAGAUAAUCAGCAGUAUUAGGCCUAUGCGCUGUGUGGAAGGAAUCACUAUGUAUAUGCAAUUGUUAAGUAUUAUAACAAACAAAAUUUCAAGCUUCGUAGGAUUGCUGAUGUAUCCAGCCAAUCAAAUAGAACGAUCUAUUAGGCCCCGCCCACUGCCGGCCACGUGGGCAACGUGACAACACGUACGCCUCUCCAAUGCGCUACCGCAGACGCGCGCGUCAUGUGCGCGUGCACGCAUGUCGGUUAUAAACUACGAUGUGAUUGGUCAAAGCAUCAUGGGGCGGAGCUUAGUCGGUCUGUAUGCUACGACAGGUUUGCGAAAUGGAGUCACUUGAUCCGCCCUGCCUGUUAUUAUAUUACCGGCUAUUCACUGCAAUAAAUUAGUAUUGUGAAAAUGUACAAAUU